AUGUUCACCCGAGGCAAGGACAAGCUCUCGUCUACCACGAUCUGCGAACCCUGCUACUAUGCCCACUGCUACGGAGAUGGCGCCUAUGUCAAGCUGUACAAACACUCGAUUAUUGAGGAUGUCAUCGAGCUUACCCAGCAGAACAAGCUGUGUAAAUGCAACACAAGCAUCCAGUCGAGUGUCAAAAUCAAGGGUCAGCCGCAUGUCGAUAUCGGGUUCUGUCCGGUCACGAAUGUCCGUUACUCUAUUACGCAUAAAAAGUAUGAUGGCCUUCGAGCAAGCGCGGGGCUUCUCCCGGCGAGACGAGCCCCCACCUCCCCCCUUCGGCGCGCUGUGAGCAAAUUUAGAAGCCAGGCUAGGGUGGGAGACGUGGCGAAAACGUACCUGCCCGACACCGCGGCUGCAAAGAUAUCGAGGGAUACAGAUGUUCCUCUGUUGUUCAGAGAGUGUGUCGAGGAGGCACCGUUUGAUCAUCUUGAUGUUGCACUUCGUGUUGGAACGGUCAUGAUUGAAAAUGGGCAGACAAGGUACGCUUGA